AUUUACAGUAAAUCAAUAACUUUGAAUAUAAGAAUGAGUAAUUAUAACGCUUAAUAUAUUGCAUUUAUUAUAAUAGAUUAAUCUAAAGUGUAUAUGGAGUUGUCCUCUAUUAGUUUUUCGCAUCUUCCAAAAUAUAAUAAAAUUCCUCCGAUUGCCAAUGAUGCCAGAAAGUUUAUGAUACUUAUGAUUAUCAAUAUGAUAUAACCAUUGCUGGAACAAAUAGAGCUGCUUUGAC